AUGCUGCUGCCAAUUUCUAUCUAUCGGUUUCUCCUGCCGAAACAUUCGAACUACAAUCUGUUCGCUCUACUACAGAAGUAUAUUCGUGAGUGCUUUUCAGUUGGUUUUAAAGAAGAGUUAAAUUGUCCUUUAUGACUUGCAACGCAUGGUAGGCCAGUUUAAGAUGCUUAAAAGCAAUGCCCUACUUACCGAUUUUGUAGAAUCAAGUAAAGCGUGGAGCAGGCAGAAAACUAACUUCGAAUACUGAUGCUUAGGCCGAAAUAUUUGAGACCUCUGCGAGCAGACAUAAAUCGCAGACAUAAGUGAGUAAAAUCGACCCGAAAUCAUAUGUACUGAUUCCACUGAAGGGAGAUAGAGAGAAGAGGGUGAUGACUAAAGCGGAGUAGAAACUAGAUGGAAGAUUUAAGUGACCAGACCAUUAAACCCGUUGAGAGCAUGCAGUGACGAGGACAUGAUGGUUCGGAAGGAAUAAACUCGUGGGUUCUUUCCGUGAUAGUAUGUACAAACUGCUUUAUCCCACAGUGAGCAGCAGUUCUAAACGACUAUUUUAAAUGAAGAAGACGUAAUUUUCUACCGAAUGAGCAAGAGACUGAAUAUUCGUAUGCAUGUUUCCCAUGAAAUAUAUUUGAAUUUUUAAGGGCAUCGAAUAUCAAUCAGCAAAAUGCAUGCUGCAUAAGUAGUCACUUUUUACAGAGCAUAGUUUUUGCAUGCAGCCGGAAAGAAGUUCUUUCGAAAGCCGAUAUUUGGAGGCAACUAAAUUAUUAUAAAAUUAUGGUGCGCGAGGAUUAGUUUUUCAACCCUAUUUCAUUAGUCAUUUCGAAACAAAAACGUAUUUCGGAAUUUCGUUUGACAUUUCAUGAGUUAGCCACCUACCGUACAUAACGACGUCGAAAAUAAAUGGAGAAAAUUAACUUUAAAUAAGUAGUCAUUUAUUAGAGGGUGCAGUUUAUGCAGGCGGCCGAAGUGAAGCUUGUUCAAAGGCCGGUAUACUGAUGUGACUGGAAUACCUCGGGAUUAUACAGCAUGGUAAUUUAUAUUACAAUUCUACUUAAGUAGUCGCUUCGAGUCGAAUAAACAUCUCAGAAUUUCGGUUAACAUUUUAUGAGAUAAGACGCCUACUGUACCUCAGAAACGUGCGAAAAACUCUAAACUAUUUCUCAAACCGCUGUCUUAGUUGGUUUUGAAAAACUGGGUUGCUCAAUCUCCCAAAAGUAAAUAUCAAUUUUUUAGCAGUCAUAUACGAAUGAACGGUGCAUCCUAUUGCUACUUCUUUUUCCUCAGGCGACUUAUGAGAGGAACGGGCAAAUUUUCAGAAAUGGAUUUUUAAAAACUGGGGUUUUUCUUGUUCCUAUACUUCUAGCGCACCUGUUACACGUUUCUUUUAGCUCAACUGCAUUUUAAAAACAGAUACAGGAACGGUUUACCAGCAGAACCGGAUAAAUUCGGAUUUGUCAGCAGUUUUUAGAUCUAGAUAUUCUUGCAGCCGAAAUGCCGGAGCUUCAGGCGUUAUUAAGUGAGAGGACGUUCGCGGACAGAUGGCUUUACAUAGCUCAGUCGGCUGAUGUGUGAAGUUCAGAACUAAGGAAAAUGUAAUACAAAGUAUGCAUUGUCCAGUUCAAUCUCCGAAGGCUUGGCGAAAAGGCAAGACGUCCCCCUGGUCGCAUACGCUCCCUGUUUCAUUUAAAAAAUACUGCAAUCUCUGUAAUGUAGCCUAUAGCGUAUCCUGUCGCUCCUUUUUCUUUUAUUUCUAGAUAAUGACGGGGAAUUAAACAUAGGCCUAAGUGCUCAGAGAAACGAUGAGACAUUUUACGACCAGAGUGAGGAUAGGAAAGCUGAAAAUGUCGUCAAUCGACGCUGCGAUAGUUCUGAACCACAGAAUGCCUGAGCACGAAAUGAAAGUUGCCUAUCAGUCGUCCUCUUAUAGUGCGCAUUCUGUGCCGGCAUGGGCUCUAGGCUUACAAAUUACUUUCUGCCUCAUAGCAUGUAACUGUAUGCUUUAGUACUUUCACUUUCAACUGCUGUCCAAAUUUGUCUAUUUGGUCAUCAUAACUAAACCUGAUAUUUUCAGUCUUUUAUUGUGGUUAGUUAGUUAUUAUGUCAACUACCCGAUCUUUUGGGAUUUCCAUUGUGUUAACGUUGAAAAUGUUGUUUCAACUGAGAAAUCAUAGGCACUUCCAAUGCUAUUUUUUUCCAGACUUUAGUAUUAACUAGAGCAAGUAGUUAAACACAUCGGUUUUCUGGCGCAGUCAUCCCUGACUUCAUAGUUUACGAUAAGCGAAAGAAAAGUGCUUUUAUAUUUAGAUAAUGUGAAAUUUCUACUGAGAAUGCAAAUGCAUAGUAACUUUACAGUUGCUAUAAACAAAAUGAAACUAGAUACCAUAAAAGUGAAUUGGCUACUGCUCUUAGUAAGUAAAUACAGCAUCAACCCCGAGUCUGAAAUCUACCCUUGUUUAUUUUAAUAAAAUUCGGCACUUUUGUAUCGAAAGAACUUCCAACAACAAUUUUUUGACUGGGACUUCCCUGAAGACAUUUCUAUCACCAAAUUCUAUGCAGAGUUCUAGACAGAAGACAUCAGGCGACACAAAAGAAAUGUGGCCUGGGCAGGGAGUCAAAGGGUGUAGUAUUGCCGAGGACCUAUUUGCGUUUCCAUUCGAGAAGGCCACCAAUCGUUCGGGAAUUUCUCACUAAUUUGCAUACACUAGAAAUUCGCUUCACACCUGUUUUUGUCGAAAAAGGCUUUAGCACAAUUGUUUGACCAUACCGAGGAUACUUUAACUCAUCUUCAAUUUGCCCAUCUUUUUGAAGAUGAAUAGAACACAGUCAGUCCCCAAAUCUUAUGGUUUGGGAACGUCAAUCACUUAAAAUGUCCCUAGAAGACGAGGUCCCAAAAAAAUAAAGUUUAUGCGACUAUCCUACAGAUGGUCCUUAGCAAAAGGAGCCGGGUUCGGUGACUCCGUGUGCUGGAUAGAUCUGUCGGUACAUACAGGGGGAGGCAGUUCUCUACAUUCUUUCACAUUUCCCACCCCAUCCUAGCGGUCAGCCAGCAUCUAAAAAACAGAGACUAUAACCACUUGAACAUCGUGCACCAGUGAAGAGACGCGUCGAUUUACUGUCCACCCAACGGAUGGUGUUUAGGGGCCUGUAUAUGCAUGGUAUCUUCUGCAAACUUUCGUGUUUAUGCGAAGUCGCGUCCCAAAUCCGAUUAUAGAGUGAUGAAGAACGACGAUCCCUGCAGUCCUGGGAGUAAACAAUUACUCCACUCCGCCUUCCCACCCCCUCUCUGUCUUUAUUCGUUCGCUUCUUUUUUACCUCGAGAUGCACCAUCGUUCGAUGUUCGCGCAUAUUUCGACAGACCUUGAGGAAUUUAAAUGUUGGGUCACGUGAUUUAUCGACCUGUCCAAAAGAGGGUUUCCUUGGCAUCGACUAGGAGGCUGCUGGCGAAAUAUCGCGCUAUACGCCUUGUAAAAAAUACCUGGAACGAAAAACCGUCAUUUAUAUAGUCCUAAUUCCAAAAAAAUCCAACUUGGAAAAUCAAACAAAACCUAGUGAACUUCUAAAUAUAUAGCGCUUAUUUGUUUAGAAAGAGGAUAGACAUUCUUGUUCCAGUGAUGUAGGCGAAAUGAAGAUACACACAAAGCCUCUGUUAAAUAAUUUUCUGGAAGGCUUACUCGGGGACUUUCUCGAGAAAAAAAAACAUUCCAUAGAACCUAUGAAACCUUAGAUAAGUUGUGGUAAUCAUUAGAUGUUUGGCAUAAGAGCAUAUGACUUCCUGUCUUUUAAAAUCCAAAAGUCAUGAUGAAAAUCCGACUGCUGAAAUGGAUAUUUUUUCCCCGCAUCGGAUGCUGUAUAGAUUUUUCUAAAAUGUUCGUAAACCCGUGGAGCUCGACCUUUCGUUGACACACUUCAAGGAGUUUGUAAAUAAGGGUUUGGAGACCUCAAAUUAAUUGUAAACAAAACCAUUGUGGUUUAGUUGUGCAGCCGUUUGCUACUGGCAGGCAAUUCGAUUCUUUUCCAAUGUUCUUGCUGCUUUUGUCAAAUAAAGUUACGAAUUGUCAAUUCCCCCUCUCAAAAAGUUUCAUGGCUUUUCAAUAAUUCCAACGAUCUGAAGAAACACGGCAAUUUAUCAAGAAGCGAUGGGUAAUAACGGCCAGCAUCAUAAUAUGACGUAUUUAAGGUGUCUCUUGAAACAAAAGAAGAUAUUCUGAAAUGGGAUUUUGCUUAGAAAGAAUUACUUAGGUUGGGUUGUAAUAUUGAUUAUCGUGCACUAUAAUUCAAGGUUAUUUCAAUCACACCAGGAUGCCAAAUUUUGAAAAGAUGUUGUUGCAGAUACCUGAUAAAGCCACACUAGGCGCAAAUGGCUACUGAUAAUAGGUGUGCUACUUCAUGGAAUGUUGACCGAAAUUCAGAAAUCUGCCUCCGAUUACUAAACAUUACUUAGGUAUGGCUAUGAUUCUAAUUAUCUUGCAGCAUAACCCCAAGAUAUUUCAAUCAAUUCAGCAUGCCGGCUUUUUAACGCAACUCUUUCUGGCCGCCUGAAAGAACUAUAUUUAGUUAUAAAAGAAUUACAUAAGUAGCCUAAACUUUCCCAACUGACUUCGAAGCCCUUUUAAAGUCGAAUAUAUUUUCUUGAAAACCUGUAUAAAAAUAUACUUACUCGCUUUCAUUUGGUGUUAAAGUACGUCGUCUUCAUAUUUUUUUUAUUCAAAAAGGUCAUCUGUUGGUCUUAAAAACUUUAGAUUUCCAAACAACUUUAAACCUGACCUGCCGUAACACCUGCCCUCAGGGCUUCCAAAGUACAAGAUGCUUUGCUUAUAAAUGUACAUUUCACAUUCUCGAAAAUUCUAUAACUAGGAACGUUUCAGAAUCUCUGGACGCCUUUCUUAAAGUUCGGAGGAGACUUAUAGGUCGUGGUUGAUCUUAUGAAAUGUUGGCAGAAAUUCUGAAAUGCGUCUUUGCUUAUGAAGGAUUACUUAGGUGGACUUCUUAUAAUGAUUAUCAUGUGGCAUAGUUCUAUAGUGUUUCGGACUAGCCAGAAUGUCGGCUUUUGAAUGUACUUCUUCUCUAUCUCCUGUACAAACAACACUCGGCAAAAAACGACUACCUACUGAGCAUGCAUUUUCCAUAUUGAUUUUCGAUUGUCUUAUAAAUUUACAUAUAUUGUGCAGAAAACACAAACAUAAAUGUGCUUUUUUACUCAUUUGGUAGAAAAUCAUAUCAUAUUUGCAUAUUAUACUUGAAGAACGGGUAUAAGUGGGUUUUAAAAAGUUUCCAAUUAUGAGAUUUUUAGGACAAGGCGACGUCCAUACAUGCAGCAUUGCACAUGUCCGUUUACUAAUGCUCCUCAAGAAAUUUACGAUGUAUUUUUCAUCCGGUGCAAAAUUUUGUAAACUCUACAUGGCGUCUUCUUAAAAACAUAGAACACAAAGGUUAAAGAAAAAUCAAAUGGAAAAAUGGGUGUAAAGAAGAAUAUUUUAGUGUCAAUAUUUGGAUUUAUGAGAAUGUCACAAAUCUGUGGGACAAAUUCCCAUUACAUAAGAAGUUAUUUUUACAAAAACUUUGCAGGCAACCGGAGAGCGCUCAUGCAAAAGCAGGCAUUCUGACUUGGCUGAAAAAGCUCUGGCUUAUGCAACACAAUAAUGAAUAUUAUAAUCCUUCAUAAGUAAUCUUCUUUAACCGAAAUGAUAUUUCAGAAUUUCCGCUAAUGGUUUACUAUAAACGUCAACAUGCAGGAAUUCUACAUGUGAUACCGAAUUAGUUUGAGGCUGGAUUACCUCCAUAUUUACAACCCGUAUAUUUAGAACCAUUUGCGGGCACAGAAAGCUCGCAGCUGAAUUAGUGUGCCAGUGGAUUUUAUUGCCUCGAAAUCUAACUGCAGCAAAUUAGGAAUACUAAGGAUUCAACUAAACAUGAUCAAAUAACCAAGCUCAUCUAUGAAUUAGGGUGCUUAAACCAUAAGUGUGCCUGCAAGGGAGGGGUCUGUCGCAGCCUAAGAGCACGCGCCGACGGCCAAACACAUCUGUCUCGAAAAAGGCCAUAAACCGAAAAGAGGCUAAACUUACUACAUCAUUAAUAACAAUUGCAGACGGUUGGAAAAUGCUGCUUAAAGCAUUCUCCCAAUAUUCGAAACAUAUUUCACAAUGAUUAGGCCGUUAGCAUGACCGCUCAGUUACCACAGGGCUGUGCAUCGUGGAACAGAAGAGCUGCUACCCUAUCCAAAAGGCCGUCUUAUACCGACAGCAGACAGUUACCGCUGUUUAUGUUACUUAAGUUUAUUUAUAUUCUUUUAUCCAUAGCCUGUUUGGUUUCCUUCGAUUUUUCAAGUGCACAUACACGUUCAGCGUCAAUGGAAAGGCAACCACCGAUUUUAUCUUUAAACGCUCUUUGUCUCACGUAGGCUAGUUUGUACUGACCAUAUGACGAGGCCACAGUCAAAGUGCAUUAGUUCAUUAUUUUGUUGUCUUAUGUCAGCCUGCGAUAAAUUACACCCAAUUACUAGUCUUAACAUCACAGUUCACCAGGAUUUUCACAUUUCUUCAUAAUUUUGGGCGUAAAGCCUCGUCCUACAUCUCUCUGGUUUUCAGAGAAUGUUUUUUAACACGCUCAUAUCUGUAGAACAUUGUUUGUUCUUCGCCAGAGUUGGCAUGCGCCAUCAAAAUAACUGUCAAGUCACAGUUAAGUGCGUCGCCACCGGAGAUGCGCAAGUUUGCGCUCUUUAAACUUGCGCAUGCAUUUACUGGCAUUCCACCAAAGUUAUCUAAUGUUCGUAUCCUUUUUUCAAUCGUUUCAUUAAAUAGCAAUGAGUACAGACCAGCACUUGUCGUUGUGCCUGAAUAAGUUUAUAGGACUAAUUAAGGUAUAUUGAAUGCACAUGUGCAGUACGGGUACAACGCUGUCAAACGGUUUAGAGAUCCCAGAAACUUCUAAGACCGGUUGAUGUAGAUAAAUUGAGACGUUAGCUGCAUAAAGGUAAGUCAUUAAGCCGAGGGUGAAGGCAGACUGUGGUCUAACCGUUGCCAAAGCAAAUAGAAAUAGGAGAACGACGAAGGGAACAACUGUCCUGCCUGGAUUUUGUUCGUCGUCACAAUCAUCCAGGCCAUCCGUUUCUAGACUUGCCUAGAUGAAAUAUUACUCGACUGGUUUGGGAUUUAAUGCGUCCUACCUUAAGUACUCGUACACUAAAGCAAGGAGAACAAAAGAAGCCGAUGAGUUUAAGUUAAUAUGGCAACGAUUAUAUUACUGAAACUCAUGAGUAUCCCGCUCACCUAUCACAAAAUUAACUUUAGGGCUGUACCUAUUAGUUAACUUAGUGUAACUGUUUCCAACUGUAAGGGUUAACAACGACCACGUCCACUUCUAAAUUUGUAGUCCUGUAACAAUUUUUCGCCUAAGCGCAAUGAAAACCACUGAGUGUUCGAUCCUACUGACGCUGCGGCCAGCAGCUUCUAAAAAUUGAUAAGACGAGCAUAUUUUAGGUUGGUUUCUUGACAAAAUUAAGGUGCACAUGAAAGCAUCACAUUCUCAAACCCCUAUCAGCCGAUUGGUUUAGCAUGCAAUUUCGAAAAAGCGCACUAUGUAGAUAAGCUGGUUUUAUCGCACAAUAACACAAUGCUCAUUUUACUAACUAUUAACGCCUCUGCUUGUUCCAAUCCAAUGUGUUUGGCAUUAAAAACCCAAAAACAUUUACCAAUGGCAGAUCUCAUGGGAUUUCAUGGGCUUUUAUCAAGGCCUCAUUAAUGGCAUGUGCUUAACUUAUCCGAAAUAAGCGGGAAACUCCUACUUCGAGGUUUAUUAAAUCCAUUCUCCGUCUCCCAGCCAGAGUAUUACGACAGCUUGGUCUGCCUACAUAAGUGGUCCUUCUUUCGGCCCAGCACGUUUUGAUUCAAAAUGUGCUUGGCUGUAACCCCAUCAGCGGUGCCAGGUAGACCUGUUUUAUGACAGGCCAACAAAUCACGUGGGCACAGUGGUUCAUUCACUCACGGCGUAUGUCAGUAAACAGGUAAAUCAAAGGGCCAACUGUUUGGGUUAAGGAGCAAGCUAACUAAUGGGGUACGAGGAUGGAGGCCAGCGCGGGAAGAACAAGGUUGUUUACUCCUGCGACUAUGCAAGCGCUCAUUUUUAUGACCCUACAACACGUACAGAGGUGGUCGGACUUGCUGUGAACAUAAAAGUAGAAAGAAUUCACGGACUCCAAGUACCUACGCAUCAGUAAAUUCAUUUUUUAAGUCGAAAUCUAUUCAGUCUACCCCCACAUUAGGAGCCACUGUUCAUGUGGCCGCGAUGUCAUUUUUGUCGCAAAUCCCUAACUAUCUGGUUAAUUUCAAAUAUCGAAGACGAUUGAAAAAUGACCGGUGUGAUUUUGCCGAUAGAACUCCUCAGGAGACUCUCCUAAUGCAGAUGCAGCGCAAACAAAUGUUAAAUUUUGCUCUAUUUUCCCUUAGCAUGCCUUGGAUCAAGUUGUGCUUGAUUAUACCCGCCUCCUAGAAAUAUAAAGUAAGUCGUACUACUUGAAAUUUCGAAGUUGGUGACCUUCCGUGUUCUCAUUGUCUUCUGUCCGAACCCAUAUUUUGACCGGAAAUAAAAGUCUUUCGUGGACAGUCUCAAGAUCGGUGUGGAGUAUUUUGGUUAUCGACAAGUUAAGCACACUAUCGGUUCGAGUAAGGACUAAUAAGAGAAUCAAAGAGUGCAGUAAAACAUAUUAGAACUAGGUAUGGAAAUAGGAAGUGUGGAAUGCAUACGGAGGUGUUUGAAGUGGUCGUGAAUGUUGCUGGGUCAAGAACUGUUUAAGAGUUGAGCUUGCAUCGACUUGCUGAAGGCUUUUUCGAACAAAAUAAUGUUUUUUGAUAAAGAAUAAGUUAGCCUUCUCGUACACAUUCUUAUACUAAGUGGAAAACAUUCUGGCUGAACGACUGCGCACUUAUAAGCAGGUCAGUUUGAGAGUUGAGAGAUUGUCCAUAAAAAUGAAUCUGCAUAAGCACCGCGGCGUUCGUACUAAAAAGUCCCGAUAACUCAUCCAUUCUAGAAAACUGAGCAUGAAUAUUUAAUCUGAUUUCUACAAAAACUAUUGUGAAUUUUGGCAUUAGUGAACUUAGAGGGCAAUAGUAGAUGAAAGACCCCAUUUAACCGUCGGUGGAGUGUGGAUUGCGUCAUAAAGGGUUGGUGGUAAUUGGGGUCUUACGGGUGGGGCAGCGGGCCAAACAGUAGGCUGAAAUAAUUAAGAAAACACAGAAACUGUUUGGCUUUCUGCCGAUAGUCUUGUCUUACGUUUUUGUAUGGCAACGGAAAUGAGCGCGUCAAUUAGAAAUAAGCAAAAUGCAAUCUUCAAAAAUUAGCGCAGUCUAAGUUUUAAUUCCUUCCCCCCACCGUUGCCCUCUUUUGAACUUUUUGGACCCUGCCGACCAGAUGCUUUUCCGUUAACUCUCCUGUCGAACAAAAGGUUCAUAAGAGAACAUACUUCACCUCUUCUCCGUUCAGAACGAACCUGACUAACGAGCAAGCCUGACUUAGCAACUAAAGCAUUUACGUAGAGUCGGUUUGAUCACUCGCAGUCCCAACUAUGUCGUCCAAAUAACAGUCCUAGAGUUCCCGCCAAAUAAUGCGUUCAUCGCCCUGUAUUUCCUCCAGUUCGCUCAAAAAGGCUUCGGUUGGGAGCGGACCUAGAUGUGGACCCAUUGUCCUUCCAUCUACUUGUCUAUAUGGUUUGCCGCCAAACACGCACUGGGCAUUCAUAGUGGAUUUCAGUGGUGGCGCCUCCCUUUCGUAUUAUGAGCCCUUCACGUAUUCUCAAUGGUGGUGGCAGCUUUAGUCAAGGCCACCUUUGCGUACCUUAGCGGAGAGAAGGUUCGUUAACCCACUCUUAAGACCUUUAUAAAAUCAGCUGAUUAUAAGCCGCGCAACUUAGCAUAAUUUAUUCAGAAAUUGUACCCAGCUUGUGGCAUUCCCUGUGCCCAGGUUGCAUGCUUUUCAAAGGUCGCUAGGUCAACUUCCCUCCCCUCACGUUAUGCCUUCUCGCAUUUCAGAUCAACAGUCCUUGUUUUCAUUUAACUAUCACGUUUGAUCCCCUGGGUCGAUUUCUAUUGGACUGGUGGGCCGAGAGCCAGGCUGCCACGGAUCCUUCUUAACGUGACCUCUGGCACUGGGGUGUGUGUGUAUGUGUGUGUGCAUACGGGUAGUGCCUCUUAGUCGACGACUGACUGGUCACCCUACCUUUAAGGGGUACUGGCCCAGGCUCCGUGCAGGGCUGUGUGUCGUCCUUCUAGGCCUUAAGGUUUGUGAGCGUCUACUAUAUACCAUGAUUCAGUAAACCGUGGUUCUCGCAGCCUGGUAGGCGCUGGCAGUCCCCUGAAAUCUGGUUCCUUGCCGGUAGAUGCGCUUACGCUCCCGCUGGGUACACAGAUGGUGGGCAUAGCUGCCCAGUUAUCCUCCUCCUGCUGCUGACCCGUAGGGGUGUUAUUGUUAGUUGAAAUUCUGGUCGAGUGUUUGUUGUGGGCCAGGGAGUGUGGUAGUACGCCUAGGUGAGGGUCCGGCCGUGCCAGCCACCUGCACUCUCUCCGGCCUUCAGUCUUCUCUACUCUGUCUUGGCAUCGGGUCCAGGCUGGGAGGAGGAGGGGAAAGUACAGUAGGUGCUAAGCAAGUCCACUCUCACCAUAAAAGAAAUCAGGCGCAAGUCACCGUGCCUGCUCUUCCUUGUUGUGUAACACACGGUGGACAUCGUUGGUUGAGACGGUCAGACUGUCAGGCGGAGAGCGCACAGGUGAACAUUGUUCCCAACGCCAGGGUCGGUGGGUCUGAUGGUCGAGCAAUCAUCACAACAACAUCCAACGCACGUGGUGAAAUUGCACCAAUUAACGGCGCGAAUAUCGGCCAUCAAACAGUCAUCACACCAAGUGUAACGAUCCCUCGUGAAGGGGGGAGCCGCGGUAGCAUGGCGACUGCAUCCAAUAAAUACUGCAGCACCUUAUGCAUUAACAACCCGUAUCUGCUUUUGUCUCUGAUGAUGGGUUCGAGCGGGAAUCCGAGACGUCAGGCGAAUAAAGCUCUUGUCCCAGCGAUCUUGUCUACCUCUUCACGCCUGCUUCCUGGGACUCGUCUCUUCGCUUCUAUUGGACUCGUUUAUAUUCCUUGUACACAGCAAAGGAUCCGAGAUCUAUCCUACAGCCAAGUGAAGGCGAUGUAGCCCACCAGGAUGCAAUAUGAAGCGUGCUUCAACUGCACGAUCUUUCUCCUGGUCUAACUUGUGGUCACCAUCGAUUCUUAGAUUGACUGAGGAAACAUUGCCUCAUCCGGCAGCAAGUUCCUUCUAGCGGUUUUGCGAAAGCUGCUUAUUGUCAUUUCCAGAGCUGAGUAAAGUGAUCUCUACAGUUUAAUCGUCGGUUUCGACGACGUCCGCCGUGCGCUCCAAAGCCUGGUAGGAACAGGGACGGUGACCUGCGUGUUAAUUAAUUUAAAGUGAUUGUAAACUUGCGCAACACCUGCUGAAUUCUCUCCCCCACUCCCAUCUGCGCCCGGUGCCAUGACCAUGUCAAAAAGACCGGAGGCGGGAAAGGGCGCAGGUGGCUGGCACGGUGUAAGCCCGCACCCAGUCGUACCACCACACUCCUUGACCCACAACAAGCACGUGAAUAGGAUUUUAACCAACAGCAGUUAGGGGGCGGCAAGAAUCCCGAUGGGCGCAAUGUCAACCGACAACUGCGUCUGCCACCUCACCCCGAAGGUUGCCAUUCGGUACGGGUGUGCAUUCCCGAUAAGGCCUGCCGAUUCCGAUCUGGCCCUUGUGUCAGUCCCGCCCAUCUACCGCUUGGCCGUCUUAGGGGGCAAAAGAGGGAUCUAAAAGCACUGAAGGCUGAGAGGAUCUUUAUAGAACUUCCAGCAGAUAAAGAGCGCUCUUCAUUUACGCACCGUGUCAACGGCGGAACACCUGAUCAGAAGGCCAGAUAGAUUCGGGGUUACCCAAAGCGCACAAAGCCGAUGCGUGCAUUGACCAGCUGUGCCCUGUGCAGCACGUUUACUUUCAAUGAGAUAAAAUAUUUGUUCAGCCGCCUACAAAUUAUCCCUCAGAUCGAGCAGUAUUGUCUCAAAAAGGUCACAGAGUAUGAAAGCCGACGCAGACGUGAUAAUGUGUCACUUGAUGUUACCUGUCUCAUGAAUUCAUUUCUGCAGAACCUGGCAGUCGAGAAUGAUCGUCAAUAACUCGAGAGUCAAAAAGAUGAGCCGGUCAAGCCCGUAAAAAAUAAGCAUUCCAGCCAUCUGUUAAAAUUUUGCCUUAGGAGAUCUUAGCAACCGAGAGUCCUGUCCUUUCCCCACUGUAAGGAUUUCUUACAGGCCACGAGGUUAACACGGUGAACGCACACCCACCGGACGCCGGCAUGAUUUCUCGGUCGUGACGCCCCCUCUUAACUCCCCGCUGACCCUGUUCGGCUUACUAACCUAACCGCCUCCCACGCCCCAUGAAUCCUAAGCCUCUCCCCUACGAAAAAAUGUCCUGCGCACAAAGCAGGCUGAUAUCAUUCCCAUGUUGCUUGAUUCACCAGACUGCUAGCUGAAGUACUAGCGAAAAGCCGAUAUUUUGCCGCUGCAUGACGCCACUGUGAGGGGUUCGGCUUAUCAGUGGGUCUUUCAGAGUUCCCCGUGUGAUUUUCUGGUAGAUACACUAGUUUUAAAAUUGCAGUUCUUUAAUUUUCUCAGAAAUUAGUCGUUAACUUGAAGUAACAUCUUCGUGACAAGCCCACUCAUCCCCCUCCCCCGAUUUUCAUCAUGCAACGGCGCAAAGUCGGAGAAAGCACUUGUCUGGGCUUUCAGUUAAUACCCGCGUUGGAAACAUAGCAGGUCAAUCGGGCUAAACGGUGUGUAUGCCUGUGACUGGGCGACAGGAGGCCGUGGCGUGAAUAAGGAAAGAGGUAGGAAUGCAAACAAAGAUAACGCCGGGUGUCUAAGGGAGGAGACGUGGGAAAGGAAGCAGCACGGUCCGUCACUAGUAGUGACAUGCUGUUCGGCAUAUGAUGCCUCAUCCAAGGCGGAAGUCCGUGCUAUCCGUAGCACACAUCCGAAGGUCCCAUAAGCAAAUAACGGGGUAUUUCAAACGCACUGCGACCGCUUAUAAUGCAUUGAGCAGGCAGGGACGUAACAGUUUCGCCUACCAUGUAGGCCGGAUGACCAUUAGCUGAAAAUAGCGAGCUUAUCUAGAGAGACUUAUUUGAAUUUGAAUGGCAAUUUGGUAGGCUUGAAACAGUGUUUUUUGCAAAAGCUGCAAUUGUUUUGACACCUAUUUUCUGAUUCCGGAAUUUAGACGCAACACAGAAAAAACAGCUUCAAGUAAAAGUGACAGCGAAAUCAGUGCGAACGUUGAACAACACCAACGGAAUUCCCUCGACAUGCCCAUUUAUCAAACGUGCCCAGCAUACUGCUGCCUUUAAUUUGUCAAAUUAUAACGUUAAGUUGACAGAAGAAUUAGAACCGGCAAUUCCUGUCCGCAAUGCCCCGCGGGUUUGGGGGCUGUGGUUAAUUUCGAUUUAUGGACAGAACGGAUACAAAAGCGCUUUCAUUUAAUGCAUUUUCGCUGUUGGUACAUGCCAGUCGAUUACUGCUAAGUGAUCUAGCUCAACAUACCCUUAGCCGUGAUUCAUUGAGCUGUUAAAUUCCUGUGAGCGAAUCGUAAAACGUCCGCUGUCAUUUAUAAAAAAACUUACUUUUUCAAAAUCGCAGAAAAGUGUUUUUAUUGCAUUUUCAUCUAGGUGCACAAUAAGUGUUCCUUAUAGUAUACCUUGUUCCCUCAGGAAAUUAUUUAAAAGUGCAGCUUUAUUAUAGUUCUGCAGCGAGAUCUUUCUAUCCAAAUGCGUUCACAUGAAAGCAUUUUUUAUCCCUCGUUUGCCAUUUGCGUCAAACCCUCAGUUAAAACCAGUCUACACGCAGUACAGUCCCACCCUCUUGGAAAUUAAAUAUAUUGAUUGGCCAUUUAAUGCAGAGUGGCUUUUUCGCAAACGCUUCUUUUUAGGGAGCCGUGAUGACUGCUGCAUUCCAACAGUGACACAGUUAACUUGGGUAAAUUCCAAAGUUAACAUAACAAACACUGGAAGGCAUUUUAAUGAGUUAAGUCUUGGGCUCGCCAAAUUUGGCGGAUAAAAAUCAUCGUGACACCAGGCGUCUGUAUCGGAUAAUACCUGUUCUGGGAUUAAGGUAACCCCGAAGAACCCAUUCCACGUGUUAUACCUUAGAAAUUCUCUCAAGUCCGAAGAUAUUAUCAAUUUUCACGGUAAAUGUAUUGUAUUGUAUUUUAGGGUAAUAGGCAAUGCCCUUGACGACCCUAUUGAAAACGGUACACAAAAUAUAAAUGUUAAAUGUACAUCUUACUAAAAUGUUGUCAGUAACAUAUUUGUUCACUGAAAACUUUCACAAUGCGGGACUGCAAAGGGUGCGGCAGGCGGUCUUCUCAGUGUACACAUGAAAUUUUAAGUGCAGUUAUAUACAAUCAGCAUAAAAUGCAGUCAUUUGCAUAGUUUGAGAGGGGGCAUCUCAUUAAGAGUCAGGGAUGUGUUAAGUGGGGAUGAAAUCAAGAAAUGAAAUUUAUGGCUGGCCGCAGAUAGUCCUGUUAUGAAAGUCGUCGUUUAUCAAAUAUCAAACGAUCCAGCUGCCUUUUGAAUACUGCGAUUGUAUCAGAUGUCACUAUUUCACUUGGGAGUGAGUUCCAUGGUCGAACAACACGCUGGCUGAAGGAAAACUUUCGAUUGUCUAGGCGUGUACGCUCCCGCUUGACUUUGUACGGGUGACCGCGCAGGUGACUCGUGGACGUGAAUGCAAAGAAGUCGUCAGUUUUGAGCGAACAUUCAUGCCCGUGGAUAAUGCGGAAUGUCCAUAACAGGUCACACCUCAUUCUUCUAUAGGAUAGGGGGAACAAAUUUAACUGGAUCAGUCUUUCUGGGUAUGACAGAGUCCUGAGACCGUCCACCAGUUUUGUGGCCCGUCGUUGCACCUUAAUGUGGCGGAUAUAAAUCGCGGAUGUUCUGGAUUCGUCACCUUCACUUAAUUCUCCCACAGAAUCGUACCUAUCAGAACUAGUUAAGAACAAGAAAGCAAACUGUCAACAGUGAUUCCUCACUGCUUUAAUUCCUUUGCCUGACACAGUUAAAUAAAAGCAUAUUAACGGGAAAAUCCUAAAAAUACGCGUCUCGGGUUGGGAAAAACUGACGAUCACGGUCUUACUCAGUUUACCUGCUUUCAAUAGUUGCUACUGUAAGAAAGGUACUCAACUGGUUGUUUGGGGUCACCGUCGUAAAAUAUAGGUCGUGGAAUUUAGCAACCAUUCUAAUCUUUACAUACUUUGCUGUUACUUCUUCCUGUCGGCUGCACAGCGCUAGCAGAGUUCGCGGCACGACUGAACGGAACAAACAAAAAAGAGUAGGCCAGGUCUUCUGGCCUGAUCACGAUGGUACGCAAUAUAACUGACUAGGGUAUUCCCACCCACUGUUGGUGGACUGUGGUCAUACAUCCCGGCUUGCGCAGAUUUCUACUAUGACUCUCCGGAUCUGUUGAACCCAGACUUACACUGUAACGUUAGCUUGUCGUCGUGCCCAUUUUAUCCCAUCCAGUGGACUUUCUACUGCAAAAUGUUUCUUCCUAUCCAAAAAUCUCAGUAUGUGUCUGAAGAUACUCCACUUCAGAUAGAGGCUGAAAUUGUGAGCGUUGAGAGCAUGGAUCAAACGUUCGACUUCUUACUGGCAAAAAUCUGAGAAGUGCAUAGCAUUAUCUUUGCAUCUCACUUCAUAUAUGUCCUUCGAGUAGUUUUCCGUAUUAAUCAGGCAGUACGUGGCCACGAAUAGUUAUUGUUCAAACUCUGGGCUAUCGUAGUCCCGCCUGUUGACUCCGCUAGCCACUGUGCGGCCACCUACGAGUGCGCCAAUCACGGAGUUCUGGGGCAGAGCAGAAUUGCCUGUAUUCCAUCCAAAGUUACUCUCAAGUGAAAAUGACAUUUCCUUCUCCUGAACUUGAAAGACGAGUACACCUUGCACUGUCCGACUAGGAUGACUAAAAGACGCAGGUGAGGUUGUUAUAGAGUAGGACACUUGAUGUCGGGGACUGGAAGGCGGACUUCAUCUAAUAGCACACAUUAGAAGAUUGUGUGAGCUUCCUAUUUCUUACAGUUUGCCUAGGGAAUGUUUUACUUUCCAUGGGUAUGUGUGAAUGAAUAAUGAUUUCAUUUAGUGAUCACUUCCACUCUUUCCUGAAGUGUACAUAUACGUGAAGUGAACCAUAACCUUAAUUUGAAAUCAACAAUUUUGCAGAGUGCAUAAAGCUCGAAAGGGGCUUCGACUGUUGGACGAUUAGCGUGGGUUUUCUUAUCCCACUUUCCCAUAAGGCGAAUUCACUGAAAGAUAAUUUAUUUUAUCAAAGUAUGAAAAUACACUAUGGCAAAGUCGUAACAACUGUGCAUUUGUGCCUCAGAUCUCGGGUAAAGCAAAACAAUCAAUAAAGGUUGCUUUUUAUUUCCUCAGAAAUUAACUACGAACUUGGAGUAGAUCAGUAUAUACUAAGGUUUAUAGCCACAGCGGGAUAACCGCGUAAUGUUCGUUAACUGUCGACAGGCGGCCAGUAGUGUUUUAAGGCCACAAGAUACCACAGUAACAGCAAGGGUAAUCGCUAAAAGCCCAGACACUCCUGUUUCGCCGAUAAGCAAACACUUUGUAAACUGGAGUAUCUACCAGAAAAGCAGAUGGGGAAUGCUGGGGAACUCACUGAAGAGCCGGAACCCCUCACAGCUGUACCAUGCAGCGGCAGAAUAUCGGUGAAACACGCGUCCCUGGGAUUUUAGCGAUUACCUGUGCUGCUAGUAAGGUAUCGUGUGUUCCGAAAAAAUCAACGAACGCAUAUUUACCAGAAAGGCAGCAAGGGUGUCAGGCAGUUAUGAUCCAGGGAACAAUCCACGCCCUAUAACGAUAUACGUGUUUAUUUUUCCAGUUCAUUAAAGCUUUCGCCUAAAUAAUCAACUUCUGUUUUGCAGCUCUGAUAUUCCUUGCAAUGGCAUUGGCCUGCGAUAAUUCAACGCUUCCAGUCAACGUAAAAAUUCAACAAAGGGGACCCGUUCUGAAGAUCUCUUGUUCGCCUGGCUUGCGAGCUUUUGAGGCUAUUGACAACAGGAGGGUGCAACCCGCCAGAAACCGUUUUGCGCGAUAUGUCUGCAUAAAUGGUACCUCAUUCCAGCAAAUUGGAGCCAACGGCUUCGAAAACACCUCCUUCUUCUGUGCUGGUAACAAAUCUUGGCUUUCUUAGUCUUAUCGCUACCUAUGAUGUUGGUUAGCUGGACGCUAAUUUGUUAGUUGACUCCAUUAUUUAGCAAAAAUAGAACCAACGUACAUCAUAGCUCUUUAUUAUGCACAGAGGGUGCCAGAAUCCUGUACGUCAUCUUUCCUGGACGUUCUUCCUUAAGCAUUGUCCUGCUAUAACAUAUGAAACUGGGUAGAGAAGUAAAUGGAAUUUUAUCCUUUGUUUACUCGUGGCAUUUAAUGACGCCGGCUAUCUGCCACAUUCCCACUCGCUUGAUGAAAACGAAUUUCUCUCACCAACUGCUCAUAUCAACAACGAUUCAGCUGGUAUUUUUGGACGGCGUUGGAUUACCGGGUUAAGAUUUUUCCAUCGGCAUCUGCUUCUGCACCUCUUUUCCCCUUCCUCUCUCUCUCUAUCUCUCUCGCUCAUGCUCUCUUAGAUAAAGUCCGAAUUAAGUCUUCGUAAAACAAAAGCAUCUAGCUGUUAGCCGUAACGAGUAUAUCGGUGUCUCACCGGGAACUCGGUCAAGAACAAUUGAGCCAGCAACAUUGUAUACGUCAUCGUAUAGCGUUCUUCGUCUCAUUGGCAGGACUAGAGGAGCCAGCAUCAAAAGGAACUACUUCCCUAUUUACCUAAACACACUCAAUGUGCUGGUUAUUUGGCAGUUUAGUAGUCAGGGUAUUGUUUACGGCUGACCAAAAACGCAGAAUAUUCACGCACGAGGUGACCAUUUUCGAUAACUCUGCCUAAUUCCUCCUGUACGGCCAGGUAAAAGCAAGCGAUCUAUUUUAUUCAUAGGUUUUUUAUGUUCUUAACGAAUGGUGCAUUACUAGUUUUGGUCCAUGCUGACAACUUUUUAAAUACCUCGGAAUUAGGAUACUGUUUUUUGUAUUUUGUAGACAGUCGUGGCAAACACUGCCCACCGCUUCAAUUUCAUCGAUCGUUGGGGCUCCUUAAAAUGAACAAAUCUGUCGCAGUAUGGGGACCAAAAGUGGGCAAUUUCAGUAUCUUAUACUGCACUUUUGGAAUUUGGCGACAACUCGGAGACAGCAAGCUGCCUUCAGGUGUGUCCAUGUGCCUCCUCCUUAGCACUGACAGUUACCCGGGUUAGGUGCUGGCGACGUAUCCGCAUCUAUUACCCAAUAGAUUAUGUUCGAAGGCCUGGGUGAAGUAAUUUCCAUCCGGAGCACAACAGUCCUAUCUAAGUAAUUGACUCGGAUCUACUAGAUGUGAGCGAGAUCAGGAGAGAAGCAUGAAACAGUAUUUAGUUCUCUGUGCUAGAAUGUUCAAAUACAUGUGUGGGGGUGAAACCCUCAGUGUUUCCAUUUCGCCGAAUGUAGAACUGGGCUUCGGCUAUACGACACCCAAACGGACCUUCAGGUCGUAUAUUUGUCACAGCUACCUAUACCAGUGAUGCCUCCGGUCCAGCACUAAGAGUCAGGAUUUACCUACUGGGGUUGCUAUUGAUUCAAAACCUCAAGAAAGCCGUCAAAGAGGGCCGGACUAACAAGAUUUUGUCAAAUUUUGAUUUGCGAACUGAACUGGGGAUUCUUCCCACGGGAAUUUGUCUCACUGAAAGUCAGUUUUUCUUCCUUCAAAAUAAGCAUUCUUUCUUGGUACAGCACUCUGAGGCGACUUAUCUAGCAUACUUCACUAUUAGAUUUGGCACCACAUGUGAGCAGAUUGGCGUGAGUCCAUGAGACCGAUUUCUAUGAGCUAUCGGGCUCACAGUGCCAGAAGAAGUCAAAUUUUGUGUGGAAUCAAAAACGCCCCUUAGACAAAUGUUCCAUCAAAUCAAGUAACGGCACAUGUUUCGGGUGGUCGGGUAGGAGCGGUCGCCACCAAAGUUGUAAGUUCCGACCACAGCCGACAGUCGCGGGUCCAUGACGGGCACUAUGGCGCCAAAGUCAACGAGCAACCCAGAAUUCCGAUUGCAGGUCUUCUGAGACUAGGGCUGAAGUGGAUAACUCUCGAUUGUCAACCUCUUCCGAGUUCUAGGGGAGGACUCCAAGGCAAGGCAAAGUGGUUCGCAUCCCGUCAUGCAGUCAAGACGAUUCGGCGAGUGGUUCACUUAUAUACAAGCAAAAAUCAUAGUAAGUCUAGAAAACUUACCAGGAGCUUACUCGUGAGUCGGAAAUCGAGCAUCCACUGGCAGUCCAUACAAAGCAAAUGCUCCAUAUUACAUAUUUCGCGUUUACAGUCUCGUCAAGUCCCAACCAACCCGCCAAGGGACUCAAAAUCAUGUAUAAAUUUGUUACUUUUAGGUGUCAGAGUUGGAAGGACGGGUUCCUCUGCAACAAGUGCUCCGGACACCAACAAAACACCACACGUCUCGAGAGCAGUUCAAACCAAACAUCCCUCGAAUCCGGCUAUUUCCAAAUCUCACCCCGGACUCCAUAUUUCUUCUACUCUCCCCGCAAAUUCUAGGUUAACCACUACCCCUUCAGCUCCUAUUCGAACAGAAGCUCGACCAAGUAGGACAGAGUCGGGUUCUACCCGUCCCCCAUAUUUUCCCGUGGAAGCGGAAUACCCCGUUUUUUCACUGCCAGACAACGCGUUUGACGACACCUCUAUAGUGACAAGCGACCUUGCUGCCCUAGCCAAUGAUAUCUCAUCCGCCCUCCAUCAGCGUCUCCUGCAGUCAAUACUGACAGCUUCAGUUACUCUGGUCGCGGUUACUUGUGGAGGCCUCUUGUGUGCAUUUGGAUUCUACUAUUUAUUGAAGAGAAGGAAAGCGGCAAUAAAACAUAGGGUAGAGAAGGCCAAGGAGCGACUGGAUCGAAUAAUUGCCGUCCCCUGA